CACUCUUCUUACAAGUUACAAUAUUGCUUGAUUUUUAUGAUGCCGGAACAAACGUACAUGUACGCCUAUGUAACGCUGCCGCAGGAUGACCAGCGAGAACGCGACUCUCAGAAAUGUUAUCGGGACGGAAGACGGGUGGUGUUGGCAAGCUACGACUUGAUGGGAUCAGAGAGUUUCAGUUUUAAAGGGAAGCUAAGGCAGUCGAUGAAAGGAAUGAACGAGUCGGCCGAGCGGUGGGUUUCCGAAGUGCGUCAAGGUACCACCAAGAGACGUUUUGCGAUUAGAGUUUUGAGGACAAAACUUGGCCUUUACUCUUGCUUCAUUCGUAGUGUUGGAUUUCUUACUUCUUGUGUGGGAGCACGGAGAUAAUUUCAUAAAGUUAUUAAUCUAAGCCUAUAUUAUUUAUCGAU